AUGAGGAGGCAAAACAUUUUGAUUUUUGUUUUCAAUAUUGUCAUCCUCACACUCAUAAAAAUCACAAUAGCACAAACCCAAGAACUACAACUUGAUUUCGCCGGAGGAAAAUGCUUAGAAAGUGAUAUUAUAAACACAAAUGGCACAUACCACAGCAACAUCCUCACCCUUUUAUCAAACCUCCAAGCAUCCUCCUCCAUCGACAACUUCUCCAACUCCUCCGUUGGUCUCGGCCCUGAUCGCGUCAAUGGAUACUACCUCUGCCGUCCUGACAUCUCCCUCGCCACCUGCGAGACCUGCAUCAAUGCAACCAUCAACACCAUAGACCUAUAUUGCUUCGAUAGGAAGGAGGCCAUUAUUUGGUAUGACGAAUGUAUGAUACGGUACACCAAUAACUCCAUCUCAGCCCUUGAGAGCAACCAAACUAAUGACCCUUGGUAUUUCAACUAUGGUACUUUAAAUGUUUCUGAACCUAAAGGCUUCCCCGCGAAGGUGAAUACCACCUUGCGGGGGUUGAUUUUGGAGGCGAUUUCAUCGGAUAAUCCUCAAAGGUUUUAUGCUCAUGGGAAGGAGAAAUUCACUCUGUUUGAAGGGUUUUAUGGGAUGGUUUUGUGUAGGCCUGAUAUGACAGCAGAAGCCUGUGAAAGUUGCUUGGUGACAGCAUUGGGUAGAAUACCAAGUUGUUGUGUUGACAGUUUGUCAGUUUGGACUAUAGUUAUGUUGCCUAAUUGUCAGGUAAGGUAUGAUACUGCGCCGUUUAUCUUUGAUUCUCAAUCGUCGUUGUCGUUGUCGCCACCGCUUCCUCUUCCGCCUACUCUUGCUCCUUAG